CGUACUGCACUUUUGCCUCACUUCUAAAGGAAGCACUGCCCAGACCAAAUCCCAGUGUAUCAAGCUGUAUCUAUCACAGGAAAUUCGGUCAGUUUAAGUCUCGGACAUACCCGGGGAUUAUAUAUAAAAUAAAGUCGUUGUUCCGAACUUUCCAUCAGAAUUCAACGAUUCGAUAAAGAAUGAACCCUGCUGGUGUAAAGCCUCCAGGCACACAUCCAGGAUUGAGAACUGACAGAUUACUCUCAUUGUUCAUCUGCUGAGUAAGCUCCUUCUGAUAAGACUCUCUAAAAACUUCUGCCUGCCCUUCAUCCUGUCAACAUCAAAAAAGCCCUCAGCCAUUUGCUGGGGCAAAACAGUGCCACCAUGGAUACAGAGUCCACCUACUCUGGCUACUCGUACUACUCCGGACGGUCGAGGGGAUCUCACAGACAUGGAGAGCGUAGCCGGGACCGCCACAAAUCCCGCAUAAAGGAGAGCAGUCGCUCGGAGAAGUCUGUCACUAUCAACGCUCCCCCAGCAGAGCCAUUGUUAGGAGACCAGUCAGUGCGAGGAGAAGAGGUUCAGGAUGAUAACUGGGGUGAGACUACGACAGCUGUCACUGGCACCUCAGAACACUCUCUAUCUCAGGAGGACAUUGUUCGCAUCAGCAAAGACCUCGACGAUAGCGUGGGCCUAGACUGCAAACGUUAUCUAAAUGUGGCUCUGUCUGUCAUCCUGGGACUCGUGGUUUUUCUGACUCCACUUGCCUUCCUUAUCCUGCCUCACCUCCUCUGGCCUGAUAGACUGAGAGCCUGUGGAACGGCCUGUGAAGGUCUCUAUAUAUCUGUGGCAUUUAAACUGCUGAUUUUAUUGUUGGCAGUGUGGGCUCUAUUCUUCAGGCCACCCAGGGCUGGUUUGCCAAGAAUCUUUGUAUUUCGAGCCUUACUAGCCACACUGGUGCUACUGUUUGUGCUUUCCUAUUGGUUGUUUUAUGGAGUACGCAUCCUGGAUUCACAGGAUGAGGACUACCAAGGGAUUGUGCAGUAUGCGGUUUCACUAGUGGACGCUCUGCUCUUUAUCCACUACUUGGCCAUUGUGCUGCUGGAGCUCAGACAGUUACAGCCAUUCUUCUCUCUCUGUGUCACACGCUCCACGGAUGGAGCAACACAACACUAUAACUUGGGUCAACUGAGCAUCCAGAGGGCAGCAGUGGUUAUCCUAGAGAACUACUACAAAGACUUCCCUGUCCAUAAUCCUGCGAUGCUAACAGCUUCAAAGUCCCGCGCUGCCAAACACCUGGCUGGCCUUAAAGUCUAUAAUGUGGAUGGUCCAGGAGGGAAUAAUGCAGCUGCUGGUAUAGCCCAGUCUCAGUCUCGAGCAAUGAUUGCUGCUGCUGCCCGCCGCAGAGACAGCAGUCAUAACGACCUCUACUACGAAGAGGCAGAGCAUGAGAGACGUGUCCGCAAACGCAAGGCUAGGCUGGUGGUGGCAGUCGAGGAGGCAUUUACACACAUUCGUCGCAUGCAAGAGGAGGAAAAGAAAAAGGCACCUGGUGAUGUGAUGGACCCACGUGAAGCAGCUCAAGCCAUCUUCCCUUCCAUGGCCAGAGCACUGCAGAAAUACCUCCGUACCACCAGACAACAGCACCUCCACAGCAUGGAGAGCAUACAGCAGCACUUAGCUUUCUGCAUCACAAACAACAUGACACCCAAGGCAUUUCUGGAGAGUUAUCUGACCACAGGCCCUACACUGCAGUAUGGAAAGGACCGCUGGCUUGCCAGGCAGUGGACCCUUAUCAGCGAAGCCUCAGUUACCAGUGGUCUGAAAGACGGGACCAUUUUUCUGCUAAAAUGCAUUGACUUUAGCCUAGUAGUCACUACCAAAAAGAUACCUUAUAUUAAGCUUGAUGAAGAAUUCAUUGACCCAAAGUCACACAAAUUUGUCCUUCGACUGCAGUCUGAGACUUCAGUUUAGAGUUUUUUUUUUUUUUCUCUUUUUUCAGCAAAAACAGAUUUUCUUCUGGGAUGUAUUUUUAUUCCACUUUCAAGUAAUAUAUAUGUAUAUCAAAUGUUUAAAUAUAUUUCUUUUUCUUUUAUGAAUUUGUUUUGUUCAUGCUUAAAUGUUCAUUGGAAUUAACACGUUUGCAGUCAAACCAAAAAAUCAGAUCAGAUAAAACUGUUAUGGAGAUUAAAUAUAAUUUCUGACACUACCUAUUAAUGCUUGUAAAAUACAGAAACAGUAAAGGAUGGUGGAUAGUGGGUGCAGUCAGAUACUUUUUCAGUAGACCACAGAGAGAUGGAUGGACUCAAAUGGGCACAUUUUCUCUGCCUUGCUACGCUUUAUAAAAACACUCUGGGAAUAUGAUCUGCAGACAUUCUGCCAGAUCCACAAUAGUGCAGUUGGAGCUGAAAAGAUGAAACUUUCAGAAACAUUGGCCAAUUACUUUAUCGUUAUAGUCGCAGGUUUUCCCAUCAUAACAUUCACAAGCACAUCUUCUCAGCCAAAUGACCUACCACUACUGUAAAUGCACAUCAAACAUUUCCAAGGCACAUUUAUAACAGGCUUGUUUGUGCUAAUAGGACACGUCUUUGUUUAUAUAAAUAUAUAACAUUACACAAUUAAAAUUAUGCAAGAAGUAUGUCAUAUUUUUGACUCACAGUUUAUCACUGACUUUUUAAUCUUAUAAUUGUGAUUUAAGUCAAAACUUAAAUAAUUAUGAGAUAAAAUGUAGUUAUUAUUAGAUUAAAAAUAAUAUGAAGUAAGCCAGAGAUUUUACAAAAAGUCAAAAUUCAAAUAAUUAUGACGUGAAAAGCUGAUAUUAAGAUGAAAGCUCUUGGUGAGAUAUAAAAUCUGGUGAGAUUUUUUUUUUUUUUAUGGAUGCAAAUACAGUUAAGCUUAUGAUAAGCAGAUACUGUCAAUUUUUUGAGAAAUUAACAGAGAUUGUGUACCUAUUUUUCUUUGUGGCACAAUUCUUCUUCUUUUUUUCUUAUGACAGUUAGAAAUAUGAUCACUUAAACCAUAUGCUUAAAUCCCAGAUCUCUGGGAAUAAAGAACUGCUUGGCCUGUACUCUGCAUGUCAUGUAUUUUAAGAGGUGCACUUUCCAGCAGACUGUAGGGAGUUGUAAUUGGACAUGGACUCAAUUUGAGCUGUUCAGAUGAGUUCACACAUCUGAUCUCUUGUGUCCUGUCCUGUUUCUUGUUCUAUGCCUUACAGCAGUGUAGCUAUAAAAAACUAACAAACAGCUCAUGAGAAUUUCAUUAAGGUCUAUGAAAUUAAAGAAUGUCCCCGCAGAGAAAUAGAAUGUUUUGUCUGCCAAUGUUGAGAUACUGCUGAGAAACAACUGGUCAUGAUCACUGGUCAUUUUACCUUGAUUUUAGAAUGUUGCUGUCAGCCCUUGUUAAGGACCGCAAAAUUGUUCUAAAGCUGAUUUUUUUUCAGAGUGGGUAAUUUUAAAAGGAUUGUUAUCACAAGUGUUCAAAUAUCAUGUCAUAUCUAUGCAUAACAUACAAUUUAAUUUUCUAUUUAUUUAGAAAGAAUAGACUGCCUGAAAUAUAUAUCAGUUAAAAGGAUAAGUUAUCAACAUUUCUCACAACAUCUUUUGUGUUCCACUUUACUUUUACUUUUUACUUUAUCACUUUACAUUUUUCUGUCAUUGGAAGAAUUAACAAUCACAUCACCCUUUAGUGUUGGAUGUGUUAACAUUUUCAUUGAUCUGUUUUUGCACAUAGACUGUCAUUUUAGGUUACACUUUACUACACUUUUUACUUUGGGUUUUUAUCAUGGGUCAUUAUUAUUGUUCACUCGUCCCUCAUUUUCUUCUAUAUUCCAAUGUUAUCAAAUGCUAUUUUUUUGCUAAAACUUUUAUAUUAAGACGUUUUUUAAGACCGUGAUAUUGUGGACUGAGUUACUUUAUAUAAACCACUUAUAAUGUUACUGUGCCUCUGCUUUUACACAUUGUGUGUAUGUAUGUGUUAAGUCAUUCACAAUUUACAACUCGCAUCUCACUUGCUGAAGGGCACUCUUUGUAUGCCUGAUUUUGUUAUAACAAAUGCUUCAAAGCUCACAUCAUACAUUUGAAUAAAACAGACAUUUUCAAUAACA